AUGAACUCCGACGCGUCUUUGCCCGUGACCACUGACGUAGACAAUGACGCCUCCUCUUCAUCAUUACCAUCUCACCCAUCUGUUGAUGCAGAAGUUCCAGACAUUCCCAAGACACCUCUAGUGAAUAUACUAGAAGAGGCUGAAGAUCUGUAUCCAGCCAUGAUCGAAUGGUCUCAUCCGUGCGUGUCUGUGGGUGUUACCGGCAGCUUUAACAACUGGGGAUCACAGAUCUUGCUUCAAAAAUCUACAGACGACGCCUCGGUCUUCAAUGUCAAGCUUUGGCUGCCUGUGGGUACGCAUUUAUUCAAAUUUUGUGUAGAUGGAGCGUGGCAAUACGAUCCAGAAGUAGCAUUUGCCCCUGAUGAAUAUGGAAACCUCAAUAAUUUCAUCAAAAUUCUUCCAUACGUGGAUCCUCAGACCAAUCUCAAGCCGCUGCAACACACGAUUCACACUAUUCUCCGUGAUGAUCACGAUGGACUUCCAGUCAUGAAUCCUGAAGCAAGUAAAGAACUUAUGAAGCUUCGAAUGGAGACGUCACCUGGCGUGGGAUCUCAGUCAUCUUUAAGUCUUGACCUCCAUCAUGAUCUUCAAAAAAUGUCGACGCCUCGAUCGACGCCACUCUCGGUUCGUCGUCAACCUCAAGAUACAGAAGACUCGGAGUACGGUAUUGAAGUGAAAGAACAGCGAAUAAGCAGUCACAGCACCAAUUUAACGCGACCACGGGCUGGUACAUUGACAAGAUCUAAGAGUGAGGAAUCGCUGACUCUCGUGGCUCUGAAAUCGAAUGAUGCUGCUGCAGAUGUGGCGACACCUAAAUAUACAAACUACAUGGAUGAUGCGAUCACGAACUCGGUCUUGUUAGCAGCUACAACGCAGCAUUUUGGUGGUGAUUUAGUGACACAUGAACACAGUACUCGAGCGAAGCUUGGAGGCCAUCGUUCUGUGCUUGUGCGUGGACCGCACACUGCGAUGCAGACCACACCAAAGCACAUUAGUGGUGGGAGACUUAUGAUCUUUUUAGUAGGUUUACCAGGUCGUGGAAAGACGUACAUUGGUCACAUUUUAGCCCGUCAUUUGACGUGGAUGGGACAUCAUUCCCGAACGUUUAAUACUGGGGAAUACCGUCGAAAACUCGUAGGAUCGAGUGUCAGACACGAUUUUUGGGAUCCACUGAACGAAGAAUCGUUCCAGAUCCGCACCGAGUUGUCAAAACAGUGUCUAAACGACUCUAUUGCAGCUUUAGAAAGUAACGACUGUGAUUGUGUCAUCUUUGAUGCCACGAAUGUUACACGCGAACGUCGUGAAAUGUUGUUAAAUGAAGUGCGUCAACGUUAUAAGUGUGAAACGAUGUUUAUCGAGUCGGUUUGUGACGAUCCGACUUUGAUUGCGUCUUCAAUUAAUGAAAUGAAGUUAAACUCGGCUGAUUACGCUGGUCAGACAAUGGAAGAGGCAGCACAAGACUAUAGUAACCGAAUCAAACACUACCAAUCUCUCUACGAACCACUAGCAGCUGAUCGAGAAGGAGCUCCGUUUAUCAAAAUUAUUGACGUUGGCCGUCAAAUCUUUUGUAACCAAGUGUAUGGCUACCUACAGUCUCGUAUUAUGUUUUUGUUGGCAAAUUUGAAUUUAAAACCGCGGCCAAUCUGGCUCAGUCGUCACGGCGAGAGUAUAUACAACACCCAGAAACGAAUUGGCGGUGACUCACCACUAAGUCCAUUAGGAGUUCAGUAUGCUGAGCAAUUGGAUCGUUUCAUUGACGCGUACUAUCCGUCACGAAGCACAGACUUAGCAGUCUGGACCUCGACAAUGUUGCGGACAGGAAUGACAAUUGAACGCAUUGCAGCGCGUGGCCGCUCAAUUGUCAAGUGGAAACAAUUGGACGAGAUCGAUGCUGGAAUUUGUGAUGGUAUGACGUACGAACAAGUGGCCGAAGAGAUGCCAGAUGAGUAUCUUGCACGCAAGAAUAAUAAAUUGCACUAUCGUUAUCCCCGAGGUGAAUCAUAUCAAGAUGUGAUCCAUCGUCUCGAGCCAGUAAUUACAGAGCUUAUGCGUAUGGAUCAACCUGUUUUGAUUGUCGCACAUCAAGCGAUUCUACGGGUAUUAUAUGCGUACCUGACGAAUAAAUCUCCGCAUGAAUGUCCCACAUUAAAUAUUCCACUCCAUGUGGUGAUUCAAGUGACACCUAAAGCGUAUAAAUGCGAAGAAGUGUGGCAUCGUCCAAUGUAA